AUCCUUCGUGUUCACCAGGGCACACAUAUAUAGUAGUUAGGCAACAAAAGAGCCAGUAGGUUUUUAAGUCCUCUGUAGUGAUACCAAUGGCAAAUCCUAGCUCAAAGUUGAUGGAAUUCGAGCAAGUGUUCCGUUUGUUCGAUAAAGAUGGCGAUGGAAAGAUCUCGGCCUCCGAGCUAAGGCUCUGCAUGGGGAUGAUUGGCGAGGAGCUGUCCGCCGAGGAUGCCGAGUGCUUGGUGGAGUCGGCUGAUUCCAACAGCGAUGGGUUGCUGGAGUUGGAGGAGUUCCAGCGGCUGGUUGACGCGGAGGGGGAGGAGGAGAGGAGGAGGGACCUAAGAGCGGCGUUCGAGAUGUACGAGAUGGAAGGGGAGGGAUGCAUCACCGACAAGAGCCUGAAGCGGAUGCUGAGCCGGUUGGGGACGUCCAAGGGGUUGGAGGAAUGUAGGGCCAUGAUUUGUAGGUUCGACCUCAAUGGGGAUGGGGUGCUUAGCUUCGAGGAGUUCAGGAUUAUGAUGAUGGUCUGAGGGGCAAGCUUGACAUGCUAUCCUUGUAGCUGCGUCACUGGUAUGCGAGCUGAUUCUAUUUAUUUAGAUGGUUGUAGAUAUGGUGGUUGAGGCCCCUCCUCCUCCUCCUCCUCCGCUAUUCAUUCAUACAAUUUGUUUGUUAAUUUAUUUCUAGAAGCUCUGUGAAGGUAUCUAAAAAAAGAUACACUUCGACAUAUAUUCUACCUUGAGUGGGGAUUCUCUCUCUCUCUCUGAACAAUGGUUGAUAGAUGGCUUGCAUAAUGAUAAUUAUAAAAACCUUGCAUCCCCCGAGUGAUCAAAGAUUUGAGCUUCGGGCAUUGU